ACACACACUCCAGACACUUUUAUUAUCAGCUUCCUAUUAUGUCCAGCACUGAAAGACCCCCUUUUAAGCCUCCCCGCUCGGUUUCUCCUCCCCCUCCCUCACGAACACAAAAACAUCUGCUUUCUGCGCUCCCAAGAACACAUCUGCUUUCUGUGCUCCCAAGUUCACAUUUAAAAAGGCUACGACUAUUCUCAUUGUUUGUCAGGAAAAAAAGCUUCCACUGCGUGUCAUGGAUCCAGCUGUUCAACGCACGGGUCAUUUUGCACCCAACUGCAUUGAUCUCCAACCAGGAAAAAACUUCUCCAAUCCCAGUUAUGGACAAGUGGCUCUCCCGCCAGGCUACGUUCCUCCUCAGGCUCCGGCGAUGAUGCCGGCUCCUCAGAGACCGGCCGGGUGUCCACCUGGGCUGGAGUACUUAACGCAGAUCGACCAGCUUCUCGUUCACCAGAAAGUGGAGCUGGCUGAAGUUUUUAUAGGAUGGGAGACCAACAACAAGUAUCUGGUGAAGAACACACUCGGGCAGCAGGUCUUCUUCGUGGCCGAGGAGAACGACUGCUGUAACCGGAACUGCUGCGGACCGCUUCGCUCCUUCGCCCUCCACGUCCAGGACAACAUGGGCCAGGAGGUGCUCACGCUCACACGUCCUCUACGCUGCAGCAGCUGCUUUUACCCCUGCUGUCUGCAAGAGCUGGAGGUGCAAUCUCCACCGGGGACUCCUAUCGGGUACGUGGUUCAGACGUGGCACCCUUAUUUACCCAAGUACACCGUUCAAAAUGAGAAGAAGCAGGACGUUUUGAAGAUCGUGGGACCUUGCUGCACGUUUAAAUGCUGUUCCGAUGUGAAUUUUGAGGUUUUGUCGAUGGAUGAAACAGCGUCUGUGGGCCGCAUCAGUAAGCAGUGGACAGGCUACGUACAAGAGGCUUUCACGGACGCAGACAAUUUCGGGAUCAAGUUCCCUCUGGACCUGGAUGUGAAGAUCAAGGCUGUGCUUCUCGGAGCCUGUUUUCUCAUCGAUUUCAUGUUCUUUGAGAAUAAACAGAAUAGACACUGAGUGGGAGGUUCCAUCCUGUUUUCCUCAUCGUGAGCCGUCCGUGCUUCACGUCUUUGCUGGACCCAAAUAUAUAUAACAUGAGAAUAUAUAUAUAUCUUUCUUGCUACAAGUAUGCAAUGUAUCUUUAAUACACUGUACAUGUACAUCGUGUAUGGGACUUCUCAUUUAUAUGUGCUUUUGUGUUAUAAGCUGUAGAUGGCUCCAUAGCGCAAUUUUCCUGAGCAGCUGUCCGACUGUCACUGUGCCGUCGCGUCGUUGUGUCGUUGUGUAUACACCGUAAAUGUUACGGUGACCAAGUUCUUUAGACAGAAAUCUUUUGAAAGCAAAGAAUCACCACUGAUUGGGUCAGUUUGGCAAAGACUAGGCUUUAACCGGUGCCCAAGAAACCAUUACAGUCAGAUUGCUACAACAGAAAUACCAAAGAACAGAGGUUUUGUGUUGAAAAUGGACAACACUGAGUCUCUUAACACUUCCAUAACGUACACAGCCUGUCUCUAGGCUGACUAGAACUGGGUGUUUUUUCUGCAAGGGUGCAGAACACAAGCCUGCGUCCUGGGGUGUGACUGGUGGAUGCGUUUGGUUUGAUCAAUAAUGGAGGAUUCGUCUAACGCAGGCGUCUAGAGAGGCAGUCGUGUUCCAUAUGAAACGGCGCAGGCGUUUCACCUGACCCACAUCGGGCCAUCUGUGGACUAUAGACUCUGUCAUAACUUCCCGUGACUACUAUCCACACUUCUAACAAAACUGAGAACAUUUUUGAACCUAUGCAUGACUCAACCCGCCCAACAAAAACAACCCAAUUAAGAAUAGCGUCUGAUCUGGAUGUUCACAAAGAAAACAGGAAACAUAAUGGCCGUGCAAUCGCCGAGAUAGAACUCCCGAUCUCGUGAUGACUCGGAUACACCAAACUGGAACAUAACCCAAACUAACCAGGCUAAGAAAGUAAAUCAGGCCAAAGGAAUAGCAUCAUUUAAAUAAUAUAAAGAAAAUUAAAGAACUCGUGCUAUUUCUAUUUCCACAUCUCUGCGAUUUAUACAACAUAGCUAACAUUAGACAAGUAUAUAUGUAAUCAGUAAAUGGUUAUUACGCAUUUACCAGAAUUUGGCUGAAAAUACUCCGAAAAUAACGCCACUGUUUUAAAUCCCUAUCAAUAAACUGUAGCGAACGAUUGACGUAUUUUUGAAUGAAAAUUCAUAGCAGCGUACUCUUUUUGCUGUAGCAAAAGUUACACGUAAUACACAAAAAAAAGUCAAGAAAAACAGGAUGCUUUGGACAAAAUGGUUGAUAAUGAAACACCAGAACAUGGCGUUAAUUCGAUGGGGUGGGGUUCCAAAGUUGUGAGAUUGUAGAUGAGCUCGUUCUCCUAACGUUUCCUCUCUUCAUCGCUCGCGUAACAACAACGAGCGACGCAAACGGAAAUGUCAUUAACGUUAUAUCCAUCGCUGUUAGAGUGUAAGGAAAAAAAUCCUUCAUUCUGAUUAUACGAAGGUGCUCGACAAAUCAUUUCAUCUCUAAGUCUUCAUCUCAGUAUUUAAGAAACCUUCAUAAUAUGCACAGCAACAGUGAUUAAAAGUCAAUAAAUCCUCGAACUAGCUUUGUUAUAUGAAGUCGUCUUGUUACAAGAUUAAAAAAAAAGCUAUCUCACCACUUGUAGUAAUUCUUAAAAACUAUAUAUUUUUUUGUUUAUUGUUUAUUUUCAUACAUUUUAGUGAUUAUUCUCAAUGCAUGUAACAAAAAAAAAAAACCCCACACACAAUAAAGAAACAAGAAUCAGU